AUGGCUUCAAGUUACUUUGAAUCAUUGUUUUAUCCAUCAGAGUUGCUCGCCCUAAUACGUUAUAGGUUCUUUCGACCAAUAAUUGCGACCGAUAAACCUACAUGGAGUAAAACAAAACAAAGGUGUUAUUACUUCUUAGAAAUGACCUCAGGGUCAUUCGCGUCAAUUAUUAUGGAUUUGCAGCCCGAAUUGCGCGACCUCGAUGUCGGCAGUUUAUUCAGGGGUUUUCAACGGGAAGAAAAUUCACCUUUUAAUAUUAUCCCGUUACGUUUUCUCGAGGUCUGCGUAUUUUAUUUAUGUUUACGAGGAAUGGACACGAUUGAGGAUGACAUGACAUUGCCUAUCGAAAAAAAGGAACCUCUAUUAAGAAGUUUUCACGAAAAAAUAAUACAACAAGGAUGGACUUUUAAAGAAAAUGGGUUGAAUGAAAAGGAUCGACAAUUGCUCGAGGAAUUUAAUGUCGUAAUAGAAGAAUUCUUCCUUCUUCCCAAAAAGUGUCAAGAAAUUAUUUUAGACAUCACCAAGAAAAUGGGUAAUGGGAUGGCGGAUUUUACAACGCUCGCAGCACGAAAUAAGUACAGUAUAGUAUCUAUCAAAGAUCUAGAUUUGUAUUGUUAUUACGUCGCUGGAUUAGUUGGUAUUGGCCUCAGUGAUCUAUUCAAUGCAGUCGGGUCGAAUAUUCCGGAUUCAAUCGAAAACUCUGAGAUAAUCAUUUCAAUGGGCGUCUUUCUUCAAAAACUAAACAUCUUACGGGAUUUCAUCGAAGAUCUCGGUGAAAAUCGAAAAUUUUGGCCAAAAGAAAUUUGGUCAAGAUAUGUAGACGAAAUAGAAGAUCUGAUCCUACCGGAAAACAGUGUUGUUGCAUUGUACUGUCUUAACGCGAUGGUUUUGAAUACUCUUACCCAUGUUCCCGAUGCAAUUAAUUACUUAACUAAACUUGAAAACAUUAAUAUAUUUGGAUUUUCUGCUACACCGUUGGUCAUGGGAUACGCAACUUUAGCCUUAGUGUUUAAGAAUUAUGAUGCGUACAGCAGGGUUGUUAAAAUUAGAAAAGGUGAAGCCGCGAAGUUGGUGUUUAGAUGCACAGAUAUAUCCGAAGUGUCAAUGGUAUUCUUAGAAUAUACACAGGUGAUAAGAUCAAAGAAUAUAGAUUCUCAGGAUCCAAGUUUUGAAGGCAUUAACAAAAUUUGUGAUCAGUCUCAAUUGGAAUCGACAAGGAUUCGUGUCCAUUCUGGAAUGAGUGUACGCAGGAAAUUAUGGUUACCCGCAAGGACCGAUCGUGCCGAUUUGCACACGAGCUCGUCGGGCGGAUUUUUCAGAAACACGAUGUCAAACUCGUGGUUCUCGGUACAGAUGUUGAAUGGCAAACUUUCAGAGGAUCUACUAUCUAUCAUCACGAUUGAAGACGCAGCAAGAUCUGCAUUAAUCCCAAGAUCGAGAAAGAGAAGUAUCGAUGGACAUAUAUAUAAUCCACGUCUCGAUAUGAUAAGAGAGGGACGCAGAACCAAAAAAUAUUUGAGAAAACGAGUGAUUAAUAACGAUAACUAUCAACUUGAAAAUGCUUGGGUGAAGGAAACUCCUUCAGGUGUACGCGAUUGUGCGCUGUCCAAAUUGUCAAAAGCGUACGAUACAAAUCUUAAAUCGAAUAAGAAAUUCACGAUCAAGAAAAAAUCAAAUAAGUAUAAACCGCAAUCAAUUGCUAUUGAAAAAAAAAUGGAUUUCAUACGAAAAAAUAUGAAUGUGCGUUCCUUAAGCAUAUCAAAGACCUCCGAAAUAAAAAAUAUUGUUGAUAUCACGAGAGGCAGAUUGGGUCGAUUCUAUAUUUGCGUGUGCAUACUGUUGGAUGAAAAUUACAUCUCUAGCACACAAGAUCGAAAAAGGCAAUAUUGGUGGUGCAAAAGUUUACAGGGAUCACAACGCAACCCGCAACAUCCUUCUGAAACAUCCAAACCGAGGUGA